AUGUCGAAACGUUCACCCAUUAUGGAUGAUAAAACAAUUUCAGAAAUGAUUCUAAAAACCAUAGCAGCAGCAUCACAAAUGAACAUUCAAAUGUCCAACAUUCUAAAUUCAGAACAAAUGCGAUUAUUGACGACCUAUAAGGAUACAUAUAAUUAUGAACCUUGUUUAUCUUUUUUUCUAUCAUUAGCGAUUAUGUCACAUUUUUCUCAAGGUUCCUAUUAUACUCAUUAUGCCAGUCCCGACCAUCGUCCAGUACAAUUGUAUUUAUGGUUGUUAGGUUCCAGUGUAUCAUUUGAUAAACCAUUAACACCACAAGUUGAAGAUGAACAAACACAACAACCUCGUUCUGCCAUGUUCACAUUAUGGAAUUUAGUUGCUGAUUUGAUUGAAACGCAAGAUCAGAUACAAAAUCAACAGCAACAAGUUACAGAUUUCUAUGGUAAAACUAGUACAACCUUCCCUAGAUUAGCAUGCUUAAUACAACUGUAUAUUAAUGCUAUGGCAAUACUUGAACGUGUUAAAGAUUUUGUUAUGUUUGCUGAAGGUGAUAAUCAGGAUUUGAUCAUCAAUGAGGAUUUCGUGAGGAAUGUUGAUAUGAUAAUAAAAAAAGAUUAUUAUAAAUAUGACAAAACAUAUUUACCAUGUACAGAAGUUAAUCAAGAAGUAGUAGAUCCGAUGAUAUUUGUUCAAAAAGAAGCUAUAGUAGCAGCAUGGAGUUGGUAUGAACAUCACUUAAAUAUAGCUACAAAAUUAUUUACAAUUGAUCAUCAUUUUCCAAGUAAAUCAAUGAUUGCACCACCAUCAAUUUCACCUAAACAGACAACAUUAAAACAAUUAAUUAUGUAUUUGGAUUUCAAUAUUUUUCCAUUAUCAGCAAUAAGUGUUAAACAUCCUGUUACAGAAAAAACAGGUAUAAUUAAGAAUAGACCAGCAUUAGGUGAACGAGCACUUCAAGAAUUAAUGAAUGAUCACUUACUCAAAUUUAAUUAUUUUUUGACUGAUACUCGUGGUCGAAAUGUAAAAUCCUAUAUGAAAGCACCAAUACCACCAGGUGAUGAUCCGACACGAGAUCAAUUUAUCAAAAACUUACUGAAACAUGACAUAGACGUUAAUGAAUAUUGUUCAAUUUAUGAAUCAUCUGCAAUUCCACCAAAUAAUAAUCUUUCAAAUUUAACAUUAGAAAUCUUUGAACAUAGUACAUGUUUUGUAAAUGAAUAUUCAAAAUAUCAAGUCCAACUAAAUAUUGUAAUUCGAAAACAUAUUGAAAAUUGUGUUGUUCGAGAAGUUGAACAAGGAAAUUUUAUUAUUCAAAAUGCAAAUGCAUUUACUCGUCAAUUUCAUCAUAUUGAAAGUUUAGUUUUAGGUGCUCAACCAAAUCAAGUAAAUGGUAAACGUCAAUCUCUGAAUAUAAUAAAUCAAGCAAAUAAAUCAACAGUACAAUCUAGACAUACAACAGCACCUAUAGUCAAUGUUUUUCAUGAUACAGUUGAAAAAAGUCAAGAAACACAACGUGAUAGUCCAAUAAAAACAUCAUGUGAUCAACGAGAUACUGAUAUAACAGGUAAAUUAUUCUUGAAUCUAUUAAUUCUUUACAUUUAUCUAUCGUUCUUUAUAAAAACUUCCAUGGCUGAAGGAGAUGAUUUAUUAGGUGAUAUUCAUAAUUCGUCUAUAAUAAUACGUGAAGAAUCAGUUGAAGGUAGAGAUGAAUAUCCUGAUAUAUCAACACAAAAAAGCAUAACAGAAAUCACCAAUAAAUAUGAAAAAGUAACCGAACAAACAGUUAAAAAAGUCAUGCAAAGUAUAAUAAAUGGAAAGUCUGUGAUUUAUACCAAGACAGAUUUAACCAUGAUAUGUAACAAACGACAUAUUCGACUAGAAGCAGUAAAACGUUUAGUUGAAGCUAAUCUGCUUCGGUAUGAAGAUAAUUUUUGGGUCGAACCAACUCGUGCACGAAAACAAACAGAAAAAGAUUCCAAACGUAUACUUCGUCCAGGAUGGUUAAAAAAUUGCCCAGCUUCUAAUUCAAAUGUAUCAAAAUUUGAUUUUAUACAAUCCCUACAAAAACACGUAAAUCUUAGUUAUGAUGAUUUUUUAAAAGCAUUUUAUCCUCAUCAAAAAGAGAAUAUUUUUACGAACAACAAUUGGACAUUAUCAGAUGAACUACUUGACAUAUUUCAAUCAAAUAUAUUUUAUAAAGAACAUGUACGAUACAAUAUUCAACGAUUUCGACCAGGUGAUGUGAUGACUAAUGAGUUAGGUGUGGAAAAUCAAUUACAAACAUCAUUGACACCUAUCUCACAUUUGAACAACUUUCAAGAAACAACAACAAAUGAUAAUCCACAAGAGAUGUUACAACGACAAAUAAUUGAUAAUAAUAGUGAAGAGGAGGAUAUGGUUUAUACUUGUCCAUUGUCUACAGGUGGCAAAAGAAAAAUUGGAUCUAAUAUAAAUUUUCAAGAAUAUCCGAGACGCAUACAACCAAGGAGAAUGAAGAAAAACUAA